AGGGAUUUUGCGGCAUCGGAGAUGGAUGGGGCCCUUGACCGUCGUCCUGUCUGGAAUUCCUUCCUUCGCGCCGCGGGGCACCGAUGGCGUCCGUGGCGAGAGCCCUUGCCGCGGGCCUGCCCCGUGCGCAGGCUCGGCACUCCUCCACGGCCAAGGUGUGGAUCGACAAGAACACCAAGGUCAUCUGCCAGGGCAUGACGGGCCGACAGGGCACCUUCCACUCCACGCAGGCGAUGGAGUACGGCACCAAGAUGGUCGGCGGCGUCAACUCGAAGAAGGCCGGCUCGACGCACUUGGGCGUUCCGAUCUUCGGCAGCGCGACGGAGGCCAGGAAGGACACCCAGUGCGAUGCCACGGUGAUCUACGUGCCGCCCCCGGCAGCGGCGGCAGCCGUCAUGGAGGCGCUGGAGGCCGAGAUCCCCCUCAUCGUGUGCAUCACCGAGGGGAUCCCCCAGCAGGACAUGGUGAAGGUGAAGCACGCGCUGACGCGCCAGAGCAAGUGCCGGCUCAUCGGCCCGAACUGCCCCGGCAUCAUCAAGCCUGGGGAGCGUGCAAGAUGGGCAUUAUGCCCGGCUACAUCCACACGCCUGGCAAGAUCGGCGUGGUGAGUAGGU